AUGGGUUGUUUCAAAAGAUCGGAAAGUGCAAUCUUGCUGGGGUUUACUCUGUUGAUUUUUCCUGAAUCAGUGGUGGGUCAGUUUGUGGUAGAAAAGAACAUCUUAAGGGUGACGUCACCAAACAACAUCAAGGGCACUCAUGACACUGCAAUUGGGAACUUUGGUAUUCCACAAUAUGGAGGUAGCAUGGUAGGGACUGUGAUGUACCCGAAGGAAAAUAGAAAGGGCUGCAAUAAUUUGCAUGAUUUUGGGAUUUCUUUCAAAUCAAAGCCUCGAGGCUCGAGCUUUGACUUUCUUUCAUUUAUUUUUGUGUCCUAA